AUGAGUGGCCUGAAAGUUGCCGGCCUUCUGGGUAUUGCCCUAGCCGGCAUGGCGAGCGCAUCACCACUGUCACCUGAUAAACGCCAGAGUUCAACGUAUGCCAACCCAAUAUUGUGGGAGGACCUUCCAGAUCUCGAUGUUUUCCGGGUUGGCGAUGUUUACUACUACUCGAGCUCCACCUUUGCAUACUCUCCUGGUGCUCCGAUCCUCAAGUCGUAUGAUCUCGCGAACUGGACGCCCGUGUCGCACAGCGUUCCGUCCUUGGACUUUGGGUCCACAAAGUACAACCUAGCGAGCUCCAGCGACCGCGCGUACGUCAAGGGAAUCUGGGCCAGCACUAUGCGAUAUCGUGAGUCCACGGACACAUUCUACUGGAUUGGAUGCAUCGAGUUCAGCAAGACCUACAUCUACACGGCGUCAGGCACCAAUGCGCGGAACAACAAUGGCGAGGUCGACUCCUGGGACUGGAAGCAGGCCGCUGUCCUCGACACAUGCUACUAUGACUGCGGCUUGUUGAUCGAUGACGACGAUACCAUGUAUGUGGCAUACGGUAGCACAAACAGCAACGGCCUCAGUGUGGCUCAACUGUCCAGCGACGGGCUGUCACAGGUGACGACAAAGCAGGUCUUCACCAGCGACACCUACUUUGAAGGGAGCCACAUGUACAAGAUCAAUGGCUACUACUGGAUCAUCCCGACCAAGGUGGCAACUGGCGAGUGGGCGUUACGGUCCAAGAAUCCCUUUGGUCCGUACGAGGAUAAGAUUUUCUUCGAUCAAGUGAAGGGCCCUCUCAGCAACGCAGGAAACGCCCAUCAAGGUGGCAUGGUUGAAGCGGCCGAUGGAAAAUGGCAUUACAUUGCGUUCCUCGACUCGUACCCCGGCGGCCGCAUACCGGUCAUGGCACCAAUAACUUGGGAUGCUGAAGGUUGGCCGCAGAUUACUCUAAACGGCACAGGUGCUUGGGGGCUUUCAUACGACAUGCCUGUCUCCACAAGCAAAACCGUACCGGGUCCGACAGGAAAGGAUUCAUUCACCGGGUCCGCUUUGAGCGCUCAGUGGGAGUGGAACCACAACCCUGACACGAGCAAGUUCAGCCUCGCGGGCGGCGAUGGUGGCUUGAUCUUGAAGACGGCCACUGUGACUGAUGACCUCUUUACGGCUCGCAACACGCUGACUCACCGUAUCCUCGGGCCUAAAUCCGAGGCGGUCUUCGAGUUCGAUAUCUCAAAGAUGGCUGACGGAGAUAGAGCCGGCGCGGCCUUGUUCCGGGACUGGUCUGCGUAUAUCGGUGUCCACAAGGAGGGAAACACUGCAACUCUUGUCUACGUUAACGAUGUGACGCUCAACGACGACUGGACAACCAAGAGCAAGGGAACUGUAGCUGCCACAGGACCAACGCUGACGGCGAGCACCGUCUACUUGCGUAUAGUUGCAGAUAUCACACCAGCGCUGAACUUGAAUCCGGUACGUGAGGGUGUUUUUUCGUACAGUUUGGAUGGCCAAAAUUGGACGCAGCUUGGGGGAAGCUUCCUCCUGAGAAACAGCUACACCUUUUUCAUGGGAUACCGGUUUGCAGCUUUCAAUUUCGCCACAAAAGCCCUUGGAGGACAGGCAACCCUGCGAAGCUUUUCCAUGGAGUUGGCUAGCUGA